UGAUAGGGGUCUAGCGUCUGGAGAAGGAUGGUCGUGUCCAAUGUGAAAGUCGAGCGCGGCGAUUUCAAACGCUCCGACUCCGGAUCCGCGUCAUUCAUCGCCCCGACCACUACCCGAUCGCCGAGAGCCUUCUCCACGUCAAGCCUCGGCAGUACCGUAUCGAUCAGUUCCGCUGUCUGUUCUCCGCCAGGCAGAAGCUGCAGGCUCGGGCGCGGACGAGCGUGAAAGUCGGCUAGCACAGCAAGCUUGAACGCGCGGACGAUGCCGUGGAGGCUCUCGGCACCGAUUUCAUCGACUCCACCACGGUCCUGUAAGCCCUCGUGGUCAUCCUCGACGGGCAGCCCGCCACACCGCCCUCACUCUACAUCGACCUCGAGGAAGUCAACGUCUCCCGACACGGCACAAUCUCCAAUUGUGCAAUCUACGUUUCUUCCCCUUCACCAAACCUAUCUCAUCGAUAUCCACGUCCUCAACGACAAGGCCUUCUCCACCCCCAGCCCAACCACAGGCCACGCCCUCGAGCACGUCCUCGAGUCAGACAGCACCCAAAAAGACUUCGGCGUGCGCAACGACUCCAACGCCCUGUCCAACCUCUUCCACAUCCGCCUAACCGGCAUCAUAAACCUGCAGCGCAUGGAGCUCGCCAGGCGCACCUUCCCCCGGGGUGUUGUCUCCGGACUGGCCAGGUGCAUCGAGCGCGAUUCUCUCCUGAGCAAGACAGAGCAAAGCGUUGGGAUGGUUGCCAAGAGGAGGGGACGCAGGCUUCUUCGCGCCAGAGCACGGUGGGAGGAGGUAUGGAGUAUUUUAGGAGCGGCUGCUUUCUGAGGAGAUUUGGAGGUACGUGUCCAGGGUAUUCCGUUCCUCCCGCGUCUGUGGGUGUAUUAUGCCGCGAGGCUCACCGCGGCUUAGAGGAUGAGAUUGCGCGAGGCGUCGUGGGAGAGGAUGGCACGGUCCCAGAUGCCGGAGGUUCAAUGGUAACGGGCAGCAUAUGGCGUAGGCGCCGGCUGGUUGGCGUUUGCUGUGAUCUGGUUGGGUUGG